GCUUAUGAGGUUUAAUGUUUGUCUCGCAAAGCACUAUGGGUAGACGUCCUACGCCCAAAAUGGCGGCACGAUUGAAAAGUUUGUUGCUGUUUUUGUUUUAUUUUACAACAUUUUAUCGCUCACUGUCUCCUUCUGAAUAAAUCAGUGUUUUAAUCACGAUUAAAAAGGCUAGUCGUCCGUUUCCGAUCCAGGGACACGUGAUUUGGAUCGGUGUUUUGUUUAGUUAGAUCGGUAAAGCGCCACCGUUGACGUGUAUGAGGCAGAUGGCACUGAACUCGUGGACAUCACCGCAUCUAAUACAGUUAAAAUGAAGAGCAUUUGCACAUAGAGAUGGAGGAUGACGUAAAGAAAGUCAAAAAGCCAGGUAUUGUUUCUCCGUUCAAGCGAGUGUUUCUGAAAGGUGAGAAAGGGAGAGAUAAAAAGGCUCUGGAGAAGUCCACUGAGCGCAGGGCCCUCCACACCUUCUCCCUCUCUCUCCCGGACCACCGUAUCGACCCAGACAUUCUGCUUAAUGACUACAUUGAGAAGGAAGUUAAGUAUCUGGGACAGCUGACAUCAGUUCCUGGAUAUCUGAAUCCCUCCAGCCGAACAGAAGUUCUGCAGCUUAUUGACAAUGCCAGGAAGUCUCAUCAGUUGGCAGGCCAGCUGACAUCAGAGCAGGAUGCCGUUGUCAGUUUGUCGGCAUACAAUGUGAAGCUCGUGUGGCGUGACGGAGAAGACAUCAUUCUUCGCGUGCCCAUCCAUGACAUCGCAGCUGUAUCCUACAUCAGAGACGACUCACUUCACCUCGUGGUGCUAAAAACAGCUCAGGAGCCCGGUGGUUCUCCAUGUCAUAGUACAGAGAUGUCAAAAUCUCCCACUCUGAGCUCUCUUUCAGAGAGUGGGGCUGUGCUUGUGGAGGUUUGCUGCCUGCUUGUGCUGGCCGUCGACAACAAGGCUGCAGCUGAGGAGCUCUGUCUUCUACUCAGUCAAGUCUUCCAGAUCGUCUACACAGAGUCCACCAUUGACUUCCUGGACAGGGCCAUCUUUGAUGGAGCCACAACCCCCAUCAGGCAUCUCUCGAUCUGCAGUGACUCCUCGAGCAAAGUAGAUGUCAAAGAAGUGUUUGAGACUGAGGCGAGCACAUUUUCGUUCCAGAGUUCUCUAGAGGCGGGGCUUUCCUCUAGCCCCUCCCCCUCUUCCACCCCAGCCUCGCCACAAACCAUAACAGCCAGUGACAGUGAACUAAGCACAACAGCUGCUGAACUGCUACAAGACUACAUGACCACAUUAAGGACAAAGCUGUCGUCUCAGGAGAUUCAGCAGUUUGCCACACUCUUACGUGAAUACAGAAACGGAGCCUCCAUUCACGAGUUCUGUAUCAACCUGCGUCAGCUUUAUGGAGACAGCAGGAAGUUCCUCCUCCUGGGACUACGGCCUUUCAUUCCUGAGAAGGACAGCCAACACUUUGAGAACUUUUUGGAAACCAUCGGCGUGAAGGACGGCCGCGGCAUCAUAACGGACAGCUUUGGCCGUUACAAACGUACGACAAGCUCUGCGUCAGACUCCACCACUAAUGGAAACGGUGCUGCGGGCGGUUCGGAUGAAGGAACGGCCAACUCUGAGGGCGACGAGUGGGACCGCAUGAUUUCAGACAUAAGCAAUGACAUUGAAGCGUUAGGAAGCAGUAUGGACCAGGACGGCGUGUUGUCUUGAUGUCACGGCACUCGGUCAGGAACUCAUUUUAGCCAAUCACCACUUGAGAUAAUCGCAUGGGCCGUUGGUCCAUAUUGCUGUCCAUCAAAUCUGACAAUGCUGGAAUUUGGAUACUGUAUGGAUACCACUUCCUGGCCCCCAUCCUUAUUUUUAUAUGCUGUGCCAUAUUAACGCAACCGGAUUUUUCGGAUUUGACAAUUGUGAUUUUUCAAGACCUGUGAUGGAAGGAUCGUCUAUUGCUGUGGACAGCAGUUGUGUUCUUCUGGGAUGUUUAUUGGCAGUAUCUGCUACCACUAAUGAGAAACCUUGUUGCUGGUAGAUGUUGCUCUUUCACACUGAUCUGUAUGGAAGCUUAUUUCCAUCAUAGAAUAACAAAAAAUGAUUGCGACCUUUUAUCUCACGAUUCUGACUUUUGUUUCUUACAGUUCUGAGAAAUUCUUAGAAUUUGUCAGAAGUCAAAUUUGCAAAAACAGAUUUUAUAUAAAAAUAAAAAUAUAAAAGAUUUUAAAAUAAAAAUAAGACUUCAGAAUUGCAAAAAAGUCAAAGUCAGUUGUGAGAUGUUAACUUCAUAAUUGCUUAACAAUUUUUUUUUUUUUAUAACUCAAUUGCAAGAAAAGUCACAAUUAAGUCACUUUUUUCUCAGAAUUAUAUCUCACAGUUCUGUUUAUAUCAUGUAAUUCUGGCUUCAGAACUGUGUAAAGAAUUGAUAAACUCAGAAUUUUGAGUAGAAUUUAAUAACUCAUUCUGACUCUUACAAGUCACGAUUAUCCUUUUUAGAGCCCCCAUCUUAAUUAUAAGUCUUAAUUAUGAUUUUUUUUUUCUGUCAGUUGUAAUUUUACAUCUCACAAUUCAGACCUUUUUCUCAGAAUUGCAAGUUUAUAUCUCGCAAUUUUAAGUUUAUAUCGUGCAAUUCUGACGUAAGAACUGUUUGAAAAGUCAGAAUUUUGAGUUGAAUGAUAACUCAGAAUUCUGACAAAAAUUAAAUUUGGAGUUUAUAAAUCUCAAUUUUGAGAAAAAAGUCAGAAUUACACUAAGAUUUUUAAGAUUUUUUGUCUCUUCUCACCAAGCCUGCAUUUAUUUGAUCCAAAGUACAGCAAAAACAGUAAAAUUCUGAAAUAUGUUUACUAUUUAAAAUAACUGUUUUCUAUUUGAAUAUGUUUUAAAUGUAAUUUAUUCCUGUGAUUUUAAAGCUGAGUUUUUAACAUCAUUACCCCAGUCACGUGAUCCUUCAGAAAUCAUUCUAAUAUUCUGAUUUGUUGCUCAACUAUUAUUAUUAUUAUUAUUAUUUUUUUUUUUUUUUUCAGAUUUCUUUGAAUAGGACGUUCAGAAGAACAGCAUUUAUCUCAAACAGAUUUUUCAUAACUUUUGAUCUAUCUAUCUAUCUAUCUCUAUAUAUCUAUAUAUAUGAAGAGUUCAGAUGCAAAACCAGCUAAAAGCCACCUCGAUCAAAAAUGAGAUAAUGAUACUGAGUGAAUGCUUUUGACACAUAGUAUACGUCCAUCAAAUACUUUUACUUAAAACUCUCUAAAUCCCACAGCUCAAUUAGAAGGGCUUAUUUUAAAAAUGCUUAUUUUAAAGAAAAAUGUCAGAUGAUUUGGAGCCUUUUGCAUCGGAACUCUUCAUUAUAUAUGUAUAUAUAUAUAUAUAUAUGUGUGUAUAUAUGUAUGUGUGUGUGUGUGUGUAUAAUAUGAUACAGUGAUACAGAAUGAUACAAUGUAUAAUGUUACAAAAGCUUUUUAUUUCAGAUAAAUGCUGAUCUUUCUAUUCAUCAAAAAAUCCUGAAAAAAACUGUAUUUAACUCUUUUAAAUAUUGAUAAUAAUAAAAAAUGUUUCUUGAACAGCAAAUCAGCAUAUUCUGAAGGAUCAUGUGACUGGAGUAAUUAUGCUGAAAAUGUAACUUUGAUCACAGGAAUAAAUUGCAUUUUAAAAUAUAUAUUUAAAUCAGUUAUUUUAAAUAGUAAAACUAUUUCACAAUAUUACAGCUUUUGCUGUAUUUUGGUUCAGAUAAAUGCAGGCUUGGUAAGCAGAAGAGACUUAAAAAAAAAAACUUCUCACACUAUCAGUCAAAAGUUUUUGAACAGUAUGAGGCAAAGUCACAAUUACCCUUUUUAAAAACAUGAAUUGUCACAGUUAUAUAUUUUUUCUCUUAGCUGUGAGUUUAUAUUUCACCAUUCUGUUUAUAUCUUGCAAUUCUUGACUUCAGAACUGAACUAAUUUUUCAGCAGUUUUAGUUUCUAUAUCUUGAUUGUAAGAAAAAAAGUCUGAAUUAUCAGAAAAAAACACACACAAUUCUAAUUUUUUUUCUCUCUCAGUUGUGAGUUUAUCUCAAUUCAAACUCUUGUCAGAAUUGCAAGUUUAUAUCUUGUAAUUCUAAGUUUAUAUUGUGUAAUUCAGACUUAAGAACUGUGCGAGAAGUCAGAAUUUUGAGUAAGGAGUUGAAUUUUGAGGUAUAAACAAUUUUUGAGCAGUUUUAGUUUCUAAAUCUUGAUUGUGAGGGGAAAAAGUCCAAAUUAUGAGAGUCACAGUUGCACUUUUUAAAAAUAUAGUUACAAUUAUGAAUUUUUGUCCCAGUUGUGAGUUUAUAUUUCACAAUUCUGACUUCAGAAAUGUGUGAAAAGUCUGAAUUUUCAGAUAUAAAAUUUUGAGCAGAGUUGAAUUCUGACAAAAAAAAAUAAUUGCGAGUUUACAAAUGUCAAUUGUGAGGAAAAAGUCAGAAUUAUGAGAUAAAGUCACAAAACAUUAUUUAUAAAAAAAUAAAAAAAAGGCAAUUGCAACUUUAUUUGAUAGUUAUUACAGUUAUUUCUCAGAAUUGCGUGUUCAGAGUUCUGAGUUUACAUCUUGCAAUUCUGACUUCAGUAACAGGGAAAAGUCAGAAUUAUGAGAUAUAAACUCACCAUUGUGAGUUUAUAAUACUCAGUUGAAAGAAAAAAAAAAGUCUCAUUUAUGUAGUGAUCAUUUUUAAAUGUUAACUUUUUUUUUUUAUUCUGUCACAGAAAUAAGCUUCCACAGAUGCAAGACGAGUUUGUUUCUCAUUUAAUAGAAACGCGACUUGUGAUCAGUGUGAAGGUGCAGUUUGGAGCAUUGCCUAGUGGCCUUCCUCAAGCGUGUUCUGCAUUGCCUUAUGUGUGUUGUAACCUGAUGGAAGUGAGGUGCAGUAUAUUUCCUCCUGCACUGAAGUGUUAAUCAAAACUUGACCCUUUUUACACCCUUAUAUUAACUGGUCAAUAUUCAUGUUACACUUGUUUUUCCUCUAACAUAUAUUUUAUUUCACUUCUUUUAUAUGUUGUUUCAGCCAGGAUUGGUUAUAGUCACCCAGUUAUUAUCAUGUGGGUUUCUUCAGGUAGGAAAUGUAGCACUAUAUAUAUAUUUUUUUGGUUUUGACUGAAAACCUGGAAAAUUUGAAUAUUAGACAAAGUCAGUUUUCUGGCUGAUUGAGAAUGCAAUAUUCAGUACACUGCAUUACAUUCACCUCCCGACAUUCAGCGUUAUCUCCUCAGAGUUUUCAGUAAUCCGACAUUGUGCCUUGCAGAAUCACUGAUUGUAUCAUCCAACAUGGAUGUAAGUAAUAUUCUGUAAUCUGUACAGAACAUGACUGAAGUAUGAAUUUAUUAAAAAGUGCAGCACUUACAUCCUCA